UUCUUGUCCUGGAAAAACGCAAGUCGGACGAAGAACGAUCGCUGAGAGAGGAAAGUGAGAAGAGUGAACGGGAAUUAGGCCAGCUGCUCGAGCAAGUGACCACAUGGAACGCCAGAGCCCACUCCAUUCUCGCCUGGGACAAAAGGUCUGGAUACCGUGCAUCGCAUCGUCAGGCUGAAGCCAGCUUGAACAAGGCGAAGGAACUGAUCGACGAGGUUCGGUCCGCAUCAGCAGCUGGCACCCCUCGACGGAGAAAAACAAAAGUUACCAGGUCUUCAAGUGGUCUGGUGAAGGAUGCUGAUGGGGCUGUGGAAGAAAUGAAUUCCACCAUUGAUGACUUGAAAAAGCAGUCAGCAGAUUCACAGUCAUCCGCACUCAUUGAGGACUUGGACUUCCGGGAUCUGUUGAAAUCGGCAGCGAAACUCAGCGAGGACUGGAAGGAGUACAAGGCACGGGCUGGCAAGGACGAACAACAACAGACCGAGUUUUGGGAGCUCUGUGAACGCACCGGAGCCAUGAUGGACGAGCUG